AUGGUGAAGGUGGUUGAUUUGGACGACAAUGGGUUUAUUGAUUUAAACAAGUUUAUUGACUUAAACACGAACAACGUUUAUUCGGAAAAAGUUGUAGAGCAUCUGAGACACGCGUCUAUGAUAUUUAACGUAGAUGCGAAUGGGUCCAUAUCACUAGAAGAGUUGGAUGAGGUACUCAGAAGUCUGGGGGACGAUAAGUGUUUGAUCACAGACUAUAAGAAGAUCAUUCGUGCGGUUGAUUCCGAUGGAGAUGGGUUGUUUAGCAUUUGCCUGGGUUCGAUAAUGGAGAACUUCGAAAACCCGAUGACGGAAGGAGCGUUGCAGAAGAUGGCGAAAGUGGUUGAUUUGGAUGACAAUUGGUUUAUUGAUUUAAAAAAGUUUAUUGACUUGAGCACGAAUAGGGUUCAUUCGGAAAAUGUUGUAGAGGAUCUGAGAAACGCGUCAAUGAUAUUUAAUGUAGAUGGAAACGGGUCCAUAUCACUAGAAGAGUUGGAGAUGUACUCAGAAGUCUGGGGGACGAUAAGUGUUUGA